UCGGCUUCCUCAGCCCACAACCGCGCAGAAGCAGAGCCUCAAAGAAGAACAACCAAACGGUGGCGGUGCAGAGAGAAACGCCCUAAUUUUUCUUCUCUUCGUUUCUCUCCUGCUGCCAUUUUUCUUGCGYUUGCGCUCUCUCUCAAGCUGAUCAGGGGAUUUCUUUUUGAUCGGGCCUCGUCUCGUGCUGUAUCGGGAGAAUUUUCCGGAGUUCUUGAUCUCGAUUCCGUCAUGGUUCUUUGGGUUUUUGGCUACGGUUCUCUGGUGUGGAAUCCGGGAUUUGACUUCGAUGAGAAAGUGAUUGGUUUCAUUAGAGAUUAUAAGCGCGUGUUUGACCUUGCUUGUAUUGACCACAGAGGUACACCUGAACACCCUGCUAGAACUCUCACGCUGGAACCCAAAGAAGGAUCCAUUUGCUGGGGUGCUGCAUUUUGCAUCCGUGGAGGUCCUGAAAGAGAGAGAGUGGCCAUGGAGUAUCUGGAGAGAAGAGAGUGUGAAUAUGACCAAAAGACUAUUGUAAACUUUUACAAGGACGAAAACUCCAUGGAACCCACAUUGACAGGAGUUUUAGUUUUCACAUCCACGUUUGAUAAAUCACUAAACAAGUACUACUUAGGACCAGCUCCCUUGGAGGAUAUGGCUAGCCAAAUUGCAACUGCAUCUGGCCCAUGUGGGAACAACAGAGACUAUCUAUUCCGUUUAGAGAAGGCCUUGUUCGAUAUCGGCCACGAAGACGAUAUGGUGAUCGAGCUUGCGAACGAAGUGAGGAAAGUCCUCGGGAUGGUGGUUGGAAAGGGGAUGAUUAUGAAGGACACCAAGAAGAAGGCGGUUGGACCGAUGGCGGCACACCUGCCUUUCAUGUCCUUCAUCUCGGGAAUUCAGGUGCAUCCGCUAGCAGAAACUGCGGUGGCCAUGGAUUCUUAGAAAUGGGAAAGAUUGGUGUAGUGAAAAGUGAAAGUUAAGCUAACUCUAGAGCUAAGAUAAGAGAACCAUGUUGCCWCUCUUCCUCCUCCUGUGUUCUUCUGGAGCUGUUCUUCUUUGAUUCAUUAAACUCUCUGUUUCUGAUCUGACCCAAUAGAGCCUUCUUUUUUUUCUUCUUCUUCUUCUUCUCUGCUUCUGCGUUGUUAGAGCCGCCAUCAACACCUAGCUUUUGACCAUUUUAAAGAUUCAGAGAUUCUUCUCACAACUCUCGUGUCCUCCAUUAAUGAGUUUUCUUCACCAUUUUGAAAUAUGAGAGUUAUAGCUGGAGACUGAGUUGCUAACAAUGAUUUUACCUCAUCAGUCGAAUACAAAUUUAAAUUACAAGUGGUUUCAGAGUUUUAUUUGAUGGUGUAUUUUUCUUGUCUAAGGGUGCAUGGUUGAUUAGUGAUAUGGUUGAUUAGUGA